AGAAGAAGCUCUACAGUAAGGGGUUGAACUCACUGUAAAAGACCAGCGGGGGUCAGUAACAUACCUUCUGAGUCUGCGAGUCCUGCACGAAAACUAAACCAGAAACUUUUAAUAGGAAACAGUUUAGCUUUUCCAACGCACAUGAACGUCCACUUCACUUAGUUAUUUAUCACUGAAGUUCAUCUGAACAUCUGGAAAGGUUUUCAACUAUCUUUACUUUCGAUUUCACCGCGAUGACGCAGAAAGAAGCAGCGGUGUGUCAGCAGUGAACAGUUGGAGCUUCCCCUGGUGUCUCGGCCCACUGACACUAUGGCAGCUGCUGCAGAACCAGAAGCAGGUGAAGACAAACCAAUGAGGCGCAGCAGCAGCUUCCAGUUCAUUCCCCCAGACAUGUCAGAGCUGAGGGUCGUCCUGCUGGGGAACAGCUGGUCUGAGAGGAGCUCAGUGGGGAACCUCAUUCUGGGAGAGACUGGGUUCAUCACUGAGGAAGAACCAGUCUGCUGUCGAAGAGUCAGUGGACGGGUGGGGGAGAAAGGAAUAGUUCUCAUCAACACCCCAGAUCUGCUGCAGCCCAAAUUCCUCGGAGACCUAAUGAAGCAUGUAGACGACUGUAUGAGACUCUCUGAUCCUGGACCUCAUGUGUUCCUGCUGGUCCUACAGCCUGAAGACUUCACCGAGCAACACAAAGAGAAACUGUGUGCCGUUCUUCAGCUCUUCAUUGAUCGAUCAUUUGAUCACUCACUGGUUCUGCUGUGUCCACCCAGAGAGGAGAGGUCAGGUGAAAACUACAGGAACCAUCCUCCACUAAAAGAAAUGAUCAGACUGUGUAGAUACAGACACAUGAAGCUGGAGGAGCUCGAACGUCCAGAGCUGUUAACACGACUGGGUCAAACUGCAAAGGAGAACAGAGGAGAGCAUCUGAGCUGUGGCCCUUUUCAGGAUGAGGAUCCAGGUUUAGCCAUGAGACCGAAGCCAGCUUUAAACCUGGUUGUGUGUGGGAGGAGAGGAGCAGGGAAGACCUCAGCAGCCAAGACCAUUCUAGGUCAGACAGAGCUUCACUCAGUCUCCAACUCCCCACAGUGUGUUAAACAUCAGGCAGAGGUGUGUGGACGUCAGGUUUCCCUGGUGGAGCUUCCUGCCUUGUAUGGAAAACCUCUGGAGGCCGUGAUGGAGGAAUCACUCAGGUGUAUCUCCCUCUGUGGUCCUGAGGGCGUCCAUGCCUUCAUCCUGGUCCUACCUGUGGCUCCCCUCACUGAUGAAGACAAGGGAGAAUUAGAGAGCAUCUGGGACACAUUCAGCUCUCGAGUCAAGGACUUCACCGUGAUCCUGUUCACUGUGGAGUCAGAUCCUACAGCUCCAGCUGUUGUUAACUUUGUCAGAAAGAGCAGAGACAUCCAGGAGCUCAGUCAGAGCUGUGGAGGAAGAUGUGUUGUUCUCAGCAUCAAGGACGGGCAUCAGGUCUCUGAGCUGCUCCACACUGUGGACACGAUCAGCGCUGAAGGAUCCAGAUGCUUCACACAGGACAUGUUCACCAGGGCUCAAAUAGAGACAGUGACAAAACUCACAGCUGAACUCCAGAAUGUGACACAGGGUCAGAUGGGAGCUAGUGAGAGCAGAGAGCCUCUCAGGAUGGUGCUGAUGGGGAGGACUGGCUGUGGGAAGAGCUCAACAGCAAACACCAUCUUAGGCGAAGAACACUUCAAACCCAGAGUUGCCCCGAAGCCACCGAUCACAUCUUGUGAGACAGCAGCUGGAGAGACUGAUGGACAUCCUGUGGUCGUGGUCAAAACCCCGGAUCUGUUUGAUAUGACUCUGUCUGAGGAUGAAUUUCAACAGGAGGUUACAAAAUGCAUCAGCACGUUGGCUCCCGGACCUCAUGUGAUCUUACUGCUGCUGCAGAUCGGCAACUUUACACCGGAGGAAAAAGACUCUGUGGAGCUGAUCAAGAAAUACUUUGGCAAAAAGUCGGUAGAUUUCACCAUGAUUAUCUUCACCAGAGGAGACGAACUACACAACCGGCCUUUUGAUAGCUAUUUACUAGACUGCCCCGACUUUGUCAAACAACUGAUAAAUGAGUGUGGAGGAAGAUUUCAGGUCUUCAAUAACAAAGACGAGACAGAUCGCACACAAGUCCACGAGCUGAUGGGCAAGGUUGAUGCCAUGGUGAAGGGAAUUGGUAGCGGCUGCUACAGAACUGAGAUGCUUUACGCCACAGAGGAAUUGAGACAAAUACAGACUGAGAGGAUUAUGGAGGAGGCGAAGAGAAAGGAGGAGAGCCUCAGGAAAAUGUAUGAGGAAGAUCUGAGAAAACAAAAAAUUAAAAUCAGUGAACUGACGGGGGAAAUAGAAAAAGAGAGAAAACUGAGAGAAAAACAGCUGAAGGACAAAGACAACUGUUUCAACAAGGAGCGUGAGGAGAGAAAGAAGGAACGGGAGGAAGAGGAGAAGAGACGGAAAAAACAAGAAGAAGCUCUGCGUCAGGACUGGAGGAGAAAACUGGAUGCCUCAGAGAAAAGAGUUGAGUCAGAACGAGAGCAAGCUGAGAAGAAGCUGGAGCAGAGUAGGAGAGAGAUGAAGAGAGAGCGAGAGGCCUGGGACAAGGAGAAGAAGGACAUGUGGGAACGAACGCGUCAGGAGCUCAGACAGAACCUGGAGGAGGAGAAAACCAGCCACAGGAAGCUCCAGGAUCGAUACCAUAAGACCAAAAUCCUGAUGUGUUCUCUGGUUGCACUGCUGCUGCUGGUCUUAUUAUACAUUGUCUUUCUGAGUCCUGCAUACACACAGACUGCAGAGAGCAUGAAGGCAGCGUGAGGAGAUUCACCGCCACCUGAUGAAGACUGUGGUUCUGUGUUUAUAGUUUACAGGUGAAGGUGAAAUCUGCAGUUUACACUAAUGGGUUGAUGUGGACGUACAGUGAUCAGACACCAGAACACAGAUUAUUCUCUGGUUGGAUAAUCCUAACUCCAGCUGUGUCUGGAGGUGAAUAUGUAUAUAGUAAACAUACGUGUGUAAACAGUUGGUACAUCAUAGAUGGAGAAGCUCGUGGCCGUUGCUCCAACACGACCUACUGCUCUGUGAAUUAACUCAUGGCGAUGGAGACAAAGUGCUUCAGAGCUCAGAUGGCUCAUGAGGUCAUCACGUGUUCGUUUCUCACAUUUGUUUAAAGUCUCGUCAAGAGAACCAGUGAGCAGCUAAUGCCCUAGAAGUACAGUUUAUCUAAUCAGAGGUUAUUGGAUGGUAGGUUUUUCCAUUUUGCUAUGUGUAAUAUGUACUUUUUCAAAAUACAGUAUAAUCUCUUGUUUCUGACACUGAACAGUUUGAUGUACAGACAGAUGCUCUCUGCUGGCAUGUGGAUUAAACCUGAGCUAUGACCAUCCUGUAACAAAGGACCAGAUAGGGAUGAUUAGCUUAUGGUAAAGUUUGGAAAUCAUUUCAUGAACAGCAUUUAUGGUGUUUUUAAAUCCAUGUGGACUGGGCACUUUGGUGCAUGACCCAAAUAAAUGAACUACAUGUGGCUUGUCAUUUCAGCCAAGUUUGUCCCCCUCACAGCCACUCAAGUCACAGCUACACAUCUGAUCUGAACAUGUUUAUGAAAAGCCCAGAAGUUUAACAUUGACCAGUGUUUAAGGCAUUUCCACCCUCCCAACAACUCAACCAGCAGAAGCACUUUUGUUGCACACUAAAACCACAAUGAUCCUUAGAUUUGGCUUAAGUCUAAAAACAGUUUAGAUGGAUCCAAUCCAAUGUUUGUGUAACAUAAGUUGAUCAGACGAUUCUCUGGAGCUUUUAAAACUGUUUAAUUCAGGCUAGAAAAAAAAAGUGCAGUAAGUAAUUUUUAUUUAUAUAG